GGAAGCGGGAGAGGAGGGGGCGAGGCGGAAGUGCGGGCGCUGGGCGCUCCCCGCUCUCCUUCCCGCCCCGGCGCUCGCUGCGGCACAAAAGAUGGCGGCGAAAACACAGGGCGGUAUUCGCCUUAGCGCGCUUUGUCCAAAGUUCUUGCAUACCAACUCUACCAGUCACACGUGGCCUUUCAGUGCAAUUGCAGAACUUAUAGAUAAUUCUUACGAUCCAGACGUGAGCGCUAAACAGAUAUGGAUAGACAAAACGGUGAUAAACGACAAUAUAUGCUUGACAUUCACAGAUAAUGGAAAUGGUAUGAACUCAGAGAAGCUGCACAAAAUGCUAAGCUUUGGUUUCAGUGAGAAAUCUGUGAUGAAUGGCCGGGUUCCAGUGGGACUGUAUGGAAAUGGGUUUAAAUCGGGCUCCAUGCGCCUGGGAAAAGAUGCAAUAGUCUUCACCAAGAACGGAGAAACCAUGAGUGUGGGCAUGUUAUCUCAGACUUUCCUUGAAGUCACCAAAGCAGAACAUGUCAUGGUUCCUAUAGUGACGUUCAACAACCAACGACAGAUAAGUGAUCCAGCAGAAUCCAAAAACAGCCUGAAGGCCAUCUUAACACAUUCUUUAUUUUCUACUGAGGAGAAAUUACUGGCAGAGCUAGAUGCUAUAAUAGGGAAAAAAGGAACAAGAAUUAUCAUUUGGAAUCUUAGAAGAGAUAAAAAUGAAAAAACAGAAUUUGACUUUGACAAAGAUAAAUACGACAUCAGAAUUCCAGAAGACUUAGAUGAAACAGGCAAAAGAGGAUAUAAAAAACAGGAGAGACUGGACCAGAUUGUUCCAGAAAGUGACUACUCGCUGCGAGCUUAUUGCAGUAUUUUGUAUCUGAAGCCAACAAUGCAGAUCAUUCUGCGAGGACAAAAAGUGAAAACACAGCUGGUUUCCAAAAGCCUUGCCUUCAUUGAACGUGAUAUAUAUAGGCCAAAAUUUUUGAAUGCUAAAACAGUAAGAAUUACUUUUGGAUUUAACUGCAGAAACAAAGAUCACUAUGGAAUAAUGAUGUACCAUAAAAACAGACUCAUCAAAGCUUAUGAAAGAGUUGGCUGUCAGUUAAAGGCAAACAACAUGGGUGUUGGUGUAGUUGGAAUUAUUGAAUGCAACUUCCUAAAACCAACCCAUAACAAACAAGAUUUUGACUACACAAAUGAAUACAGGCUUACAAUAGCAGCAUUAGGAGAAAAGCUUAAUGAUUACUGGAAUGAAAUGAAAACAAAGAAAAAUGAAGAAUACCCAUUAGCUUUGCCAGUUGAGGAGAUACAAAAACAGCCUGAUCAGACAUGGGUACAAUGUGAUGCAUGUCUGAAAUGGCGUAAGCUGCCAGAUGGAAUAGAGCACUUGCCAGAAAAGUGGUACUGCUCACUGAACCCUGACCCACAAUUCCGGAAUUGUAAUGUGCCAGAAGAACCAGAAGAUGAUGACCUAAUACAUCCUACAUAUGAGAAAACUUACAAGAAAAAAGACAGGGAAAAACUGAAGAGGCGACUAGAGUACAGCCACCAGGUCAAUAAUGAAAUGUAUUUAAAAACACUUGUUUCUUCAAGUAAAGACUUCAAAAAAUUCACAGCUGUGAGUGGAAAGGAAACUGUUCCAAGAUCACCUUUACCCGAAACAUCAAAUGCUUCUGCCAAAAGACCCCUGCUUAUUUUAAAUAGAUCAGUAUCUUCACCUCAUUCUGAUUCUGAUAACAGUCUUAAACGGAAGACACCUAGCUGCACGACGACUGUGUCUUUAAAGACACCUCGAUUAAAUGACAAAACAUUCAACAACUAUGAUGAUGAUGAUGAUGAAGAUGUUAUUAUUUUAGAAGAGAGCAGUACUCCAAAGCCUUCAGCAGAUGCUGAUGUUCCUGUAAUAAAAACUGAAUGUAUUAACCUGGAUCAAGAGGAGAAGACGAAGGAAAACUGCAGUGUUGGAGAGCCUUGCAGUGCAGCUACUCCUGAAUCAAAAAGUGAACAGUUGACCUCAGCAACACAGACAGAGGUCCCAAGCUUAGUUGUUAAAAAGGAAGAGGUGGAAGAUGACACCAGUAUUCAAGUUCCCAGGGCAGAGAUGGAAACUAAACAGCACAAUGUUAACCAUGUUUCUGAGACACAUGUAGAUCUUGGAAAUGAACUGAAAAACCAGCUGCAGUUACUAAACAAAGAAAAAGAAAUUUACCAAAACAAAUGUGAAGUAUUAACCAAACAAGUAGAAACGCUGGAACAGAGAAUUUUAGAACUGAACAAUAAGUAUGUAAAAAAAGAAAUGUGCCAUCAGUCAACUGAGACGGUUUCUUCAUGUGAAGAAGAAAAUGUUCAUGAUAGAAGCUUGGCAGAAGUGACCGUUCUGUAUGAACAGGCCUUAGAAGAAAUAGCAAAACUAAAAGAGCAAUGCUCUACCCUGCAGAACUUAAAAACUGAAUGCAGCAAGUGUGCUGACGGUGAAAGUAAGAGCGAGGUGGAUGAAAUUGCUGUUCAACUGGACGAUGUUUUCAGGCAACUGGACAAGUGCAGCAUUGAAAGGGACAGAUAUAAAAGUGAGAUUGAACUACUGGAAGUGGAAAAAAAUCAAAUUGCCUGUCAAUGUGAAGAACUCAAAGCAGAAAUUGCACAGUUAAAAGCUUCAAUUCCACAAGCAGUAGCACAUGCAAAUGAUUCUACCACCAGUAAUGUAAAAGACUCCGUGAAUUUUUCUGAUGGAGAAAGCCUGAAACUACGCUCUCUUCGAGUGAAUGUUGGACAACUUCUGGCUACAAUCAUGCCUGAUCUAGACUUGCAGCAAGUGAAUUAUGAUAUUGAUGUAGUAGAUGAAAUUUUAGGACAAGUUGUUGAACAAAUGCAUGAAAUCAGUAGUACUUAACAUCUUUAGCAGACUCUUACUUGAUCUGCCAUUAUAACCUUUGUGUAGGUUCAAAAUUGUAUAUACUGCUUCUUCACUUUAUAUAUUUGACCUAGUUUGAUCAGUAAGUGUAUAUACUUUACGCAUUUAGGUGUUCCCACAGAUGCAGUGGGUGUUAUCUUCACUUCCUCUUAAAGGAAUGCUGUCAAUAUUGACCAACCCUGAUGUACUUAAUUAAGGAUUUUGCUUUUAAAAUGUAUUUGUAAUUAAAUUUGCAAAUAUUUUUAUUAUUAGGAUUCUUAAUACUUUUCUACAAAAGCUUUUUGGUUGACUUUUGAUCUUAUAUAAGCAUUAAUAUUUCCUCUUCUAAAAUCUAGGUAGUGGAAUAUAUUAAAAUUGCAAAAAAGAACCUUCCUUCAUUUCCUUCUCAGAACAAACCUUAGUAGUGGUGUUGUAUACUACAGUAUUGUUUCAUUACUAUCAGCAAUGUUGUAUGUUGCAUUAUCGGGAUAGAAAUGUGACUAGGAGAUGAAAAUUUUGGCCAUGUGGGUAGCAUUUGUGUGGUUACUACCAAAAGAAAUAAAAAUCAAGGGGUUUAUCCUGAAAACUGAUGAUCUUUGAUGCCAUUUUGGAUUUUUUGAUGUUGCUAAAGAACAUUAUCUGUAUGUUUUUAUGUAUAUUAUAUGUAAAGAACAUAUGCUGUUUCACAGCAUAAACAACUCCAUGGGAUAUGGCUAGGCUAUUUCAGCCUUUUCAGGGAUGGAAACCCCAUGCCAGUUUGUGUCCUGCCCUUGCUACUUGAUUUUAUUUUUUUUUUCCUACGUCCAAGAACCUGUCUGUAUUUAAUAGAGUGCAGUCACAGAGGUCUUCACUUCUACCCUAUAGUUUCCAUUUGAAGUGUUGGUUUGUAAGUCCAGGUAACGCUACACAGCUUCUAUGCUCAGAUUUCACACACAGCUCCUGUCUACUUUUUUUCCAAGUCAAAGGUGGAAUGGGAAGCAUUGUGGUGGACCAUUGGAAAGAGCAAGCUGGGGUGGUGUUUCCAAAGCUGGGGUGGAGUCCUGGGCAAUCUCUGCUCUGCAUUGAGUGCCACUUAUUGAGACCUGAAGGCCAUUUUUUCAGGGAAGCCCAGUGCUGAACAGGCUUAGCGUAGAGGUUCGGUGAUGUAUGCAAAUGCUUAUAUGUAUUAUCCUGAAAAACAAAUUGUUGCAGUGUUAAACAUACAGUCUGCCUGGGAGUCUUUCAGGCUGAAAUGUGAGGGUGCUGAGAUUUGUCUCUGAAAUUUACCUUCCUAUCAGAAUGUGUCAUGCUGAGUACAAAUGCAUCAGGCUCCCAAAUCCUUGAUUAACUAGUUGGAUGGAAGUACUUUGAAAAGGAGACAUGUUUCCUUAUCUUUGGUGUUAACAACUACAGAAUGAGAUAAAGCUGAAAAUGUUCAAAUAGAACUUGUUUAUGCUAUCUUAAAGUUUAGACAUAUUUUAUUAUAGGCUGGAUAGGGGAGUCUGUCUUGUCCCCCCCCUUUUUUUUAGUAGAUGUUUUGUAGUAACUCAUAAGCCACUACUUCUGUGCUCUAAUGCUCAUGCAAAAAAUUCCUGGAAGACGUGGUACCAAGAGAAAGUGCAUGUUUUUCUUAUGAAGUAAUCAGGAAUGAGAAGAAAGGUGGCAAAGACAGCAAAUCCACUUUUUAGUCUGUGGUGGUAUUUGUCAUUCGAACAGUGAUUGAGAAAAAUGGUUCUUGCUUUUAAAAAUAAAGAAAAAUAAUAAUUUUAAGCAGAUUAUGAGUUAGCAUUCAAUACAUUCAUUCCUAAGAGGUGUCUUUUUUAUAAAGCCAACACUUUUGACUAUUGCACUGCUGCUGUCCUGGUUUAAUUAGAUUAUGUUCCUUUUAGUUGUAGUUCAGUCAGUUUCUUUCAAUGGACAGUAUAUCUGUUCUAGUAUGCCGAUAAGGGUAAUGCAAUACUGUUGUACUUUAUAAUGGAUGAAUUGAAUGUUUGAUUUUUCGAAGAGGUGGCUGUAAUAUAACUUUGUAUGACUUUUAAAAAGUUUAUAUUUUCCAGUUAUUGGUGUGUAGUUUUCCAUUUCUUAAUCGUUAUUUAUUAUCCUUCAUCAGAGACAGUAGUUGAAUUGUUUGUAGGCAACUGGCAAAAUAUAGCAUAUGUCUAUAUUAAAAAUGGCAAAUUUACACUGUCCACUUACACUUGGACAGCAGUGGACUAAUGGAAAUGGUUUUUAUUUACUUGUUAAAAUUAUUUUUUGUAAAAAGAAAACUAUAAAUCUGAGUUUGCAGGAUCAAAACUUGUAUGUGAUCAAAUGCAAUGUUUUUGUUUAUAAAUAAAUACUAUGCAGAAUGGC